CUCGGAAUGAAGCAUACCUGCUGCAGGUACAUUCAUAGAUGCUAUGGCGAAGAAGGUGACCAUCCUGUUUCCGUGGACGAGUACUGGCACGCGGCCGAUGCGAUUAUAGACGGGGAAUUUCAACUCGUUCAAAUCACCGAAGAUGACGAAAUUGCAGAAAUACAAGACGAAGAUAAGCAUUUGGUAGCACGGCUAGAUUCCCUGGUUGAGGAAUUUGACGCCAAGUUUGAAGAGUUGGGUCAGUCAUUGGUUGAAUUCUUUUACGGGUAUUGGUCAGAGAGGAUGGAAGAGAUCGGAAAGGAGGUAGAUGAGUUGUCGCAGGAGGACGUUGAAGCUAUCCAGGAAACUGGCGUAAUCCUUGAAUUUCGGGAAGAAGGUGCUGGGCUUUAGUUAAGGCGGUGUAAGUCAUUUUCGAUAUUGUGUUUCUCGUUUCAAAUGAACGAGCCCAAGGCUUCGUAAUAAAAUGAUGGCAGUUGGUCCACG